AUGGAUUCAUCACUGGCUAUCGACGCGUUAAGGCACGCUAUCCCAGAUGGUCAAUUCUCUCUUCGGGGUACGGCAGAGUACGAAAACUUGAACUCUUCGUAUCUUUCUCAGCUAGAAAGCGAUCUUAAACCAGCUUGCAUACUUCAACCCCGAUCUAAACAAGAUGUGGCUGCGUUCGUGAGGGCAAUCCAGCCUUUUGCCUCAAAAGGAGACACCAAAUUUGCCGUUCGUGGGGGAGGCCAACAACCAGCGCCCAGUUGCGCCAAUAUCCAAAAUAGUAUCACCGUUGACCUAGGCCUUAUUAUAGCCGCUUCCGAAAUAUACAAGAUAGCACUCGAACCUAUUAAGCUGGUAGAAGGCUUAAGGUGCUCCUUCACUCUCCAACCAUAUCCUGUCUCGCUACUAGAAAAGUCAGCUCAGAAUGGGGGUAAUUCCCUGGGUCUAAAUGCAGCUAACGGACCCCUCGUAUCAGUUUUACUACUUUCUUAUUGGCAAGAUGCCGAGGAUGAUAAGAGGGUUUUAGAGAUGAUAGUUGCGCUCGAAAAGAUCAAGGCAGAGGCAUCUGACAAAGGACCCUAUUGGAUCUUACGGCGAACGCAAUAA